UUCCGUGUGUUGUUCGCUAUGAUAUAGACGUACAACCUGGAGCUCGGGAUUUAUUUUGAAAUCAAGGUCAAUCCUCUGUAUUUCGUUGAUCUCUGGCGGAGCUUCCAAUUCCCUUGGACCGGGGGAGGGUAAUAACCGUAUUACCGGUAGGCAUUAGGCAGGUACAGUCUGCCGCCAUGAGGCUCCGUUUGGCCGGAGCCGUGCUGCUGUCGGCGGCUGCUUACUACGUCUACUUGCCGCUUCCGACAGGAGUGUGCGAGCCGUGGAAGCUGAUGCUGCUGGACGCGCUGUUCCGGAGCUUCAUGAAGGCGAGUGACGUGGCUCACGCUCUCGGUGUGUGUCACCGGCUCCACCUGUUGAACCAGGUGGUGUCGUGGCUGGAGGUGAUCGAGGCUCGGUCCAGCCCGGUCUUAUACGUGACAGACUCCACCCUGGGCGGCAUCCCCGCCCGCGUCUUCCAGCCCAAGGGAGGGAAGCGGCUGAAAAGAGGGAUCAUAUAUUUCCAUGGGGGAGGAUGGGCCCUCGGCAGCGGACGGAUGCGAUCGUACGACCUUCUUUGUCGGAAAAUGGCCGAGGACCUGGACUCUGUCGUCAUGUCUGUUGAUUACCGUCUAGCUCCAGAAGCGGUAUUCCCGGAUCAGUACCACGAUGCGUUGGGGGCGGCGCGGGCCUUCCUGUCCUCUCAGGUUCUGGAGCGUUACGGCAUCGACCCGCAGAGAGUGUGUGUGUCGGGAGACAGCGCGGGGGGGAACCUGGCUGCAGCUGUGGCACAGGAGCUCAGCUCAGACGACACUGUCUCUGUGAAGUUUAAGGCUCAGGCGUUGAUUUACCCCGUGCUGCAAGCGCUCGACUUCUACACCCCGUCCUACCAGCAGAACCAGGCUGUGCCCAUCCUCUACAGGCACUACAUGGCUCGCUUCUGGCUGGAGUACCUUGGUGCUGACCGCUCCCUGGAGGGCCUCCUGCUCGCCAACAACCACAGCUCCCUGGACCAGCCGGCUAUCGGCGCCAGCGCCCGCUCCAAACUGGACUGGACCGCUUUGCUCCCGCCUGAUCGCAGGAAACACUUUAGACCUGUUUUAAAAGAAACAGGGACGCUGGGGGUGAUGGGUGUCGUACCAGGGCUGAUGGACGUGAGGGCGGCGCCGUUGCUGGCGGAGCAAGAGGUUCUGGGUAGAACACCUAAAGCGUACGUGAUGACCUGUGAGUUUGACGUGCUAAGAGAUGACGGGUUGAUGUACGUGAGGCGUCUGCAGGACGCUGGCGUCUCGGUGACCAACGAUCACUACGAGGAUGGCUUUCACGGCUGCAUGGUUUUCGCUUUCCUGCCGAUGAUGUCUGGCGUCGGACAGAGGAGCAUGGACAACUACAUACGCUGGCUGGACCAGAAUCUGUAGCCAAUCAGAGCACCGCAGAUCCUCCGCAGUCUGCUAGAAGAGUGUGUGCGGCACCAAAGACGUCCCGAAGGAGAAAGUAGUCUGGUCCUUCAGAGAGCUCCUCAUUGGAUCUGUAGAGAGGAGAAGAGUCUUUGUUUUCACAAAUCAAACACGUGGGG